UGUUAUAAAGCCGGCUUAUAACGGAUUUAUCAGUCAGUCUUUGUUCAUAUUCAGUAUUUUACCUGAAUUCCUUCAUUUGCAGUGUGAAAUUCUUUUGAGAUUGUAAAGCCUUUUUUCCUUCCUAUCUCUCCCAUCUUCAGCUGCAGUUGCAACAUGGAGAACCAGUCCUAUGAGGUGAAAAUUAAUGGGAGUGGUAUCCAUGAGAAGAAUGCUCUCGUUUGUGUCAAUGGAAAAGGUCUUAAUGGAAACGGUAACCAUCAUAAAGCUGUGAAAGGCAUUGUUUGUCCGGCCAAGCAGAAGAGCUGCAGGCAGCGAUGGAACAUCCGGCCCUCAGAGAUGUCAAUCAACACCUUGAAUCCUAUCCGUGCCAUUGUGGAUGGGAUGAAGCUCACACCCAACCCUGAGAAGCCCAUGAUUGCUCUGUCCAUUGGGGACCCUACUGUGUUCGGGAACCUGCCUACUGAUGACAAAGUUCUCCAGGCCAUGAAGGACGCCAUUGACUCACACAAAUACAACGGCUAUGCUCCGUCUGUUGGUUAUCAGAAGAGCAGAGAGGUGGUGGCAAACUUCUACAGUUGCCCCGAGGCCCCCUUGGAGGCAGAGGAUGUGCUUCUGACCAGUGGCUGCAGUCAGGCUAUAGAUCUGGCCAUUACAGUGCUGUGUAACCCUGGAGACAACAUCCUAGUCCCCUGCCCUGGAUUCUCCCUCUACAAGACUCUGGCUGUGUCUCUGGGCAUCCAGGUCAAACUGUACAACCUUCUGCCAGAGAAGUCUUGGGAGAUCGAUCUCCAACACAUGGAAAGCCUGAUAGAUGACAGGACAACCUGCCUGAUUGUCAAUAAUCCCUCCAACCCUUGUGGCUCCGUCUACAGUAAAGAGCAUCUACAGAACAUCCUUUCUGUUGCCUCCAAACAUUGCGUCCCAAUCCUGGCUGAUGAGAUCUAUGGUGACAUGGUGUUUCCAGGUUGCACGUACCAAUCUACGGCGGUCCUCAGCAGUGAUGUGCCCAUCCUAGCGUGUGGUGGUCUGGCCAAGCGAUGGCUAGUCCCUGGCUGGAGGCUAGGUUGGAUCCUCAUCCACGACAAGAAUCAAAUCUUCGGAAAAGAGAUUCGUCAGGGUCUGGUUAAGCUUAGCCAGAGGAUUCUGGGUGCCUGCACCAUUGUCCAGGGUGCGAUAGAGAGCAUCCUGAACGACACGCCCCAGGAGUUUUACCACAGAACCAUCAGUUUCCUCGAGUCAAACUCCGAGAUCUGUUUCUCUGAACUGUCCACUGUUCCUGGGCUGACCCCCGUGAUGCCAUCAGGAGCCAUGUACCUCAUGGUGGGAAUUGAGAUGGAACACUUCCCAGAGUUCCAGAACGAUGUGCAGUUCACUGAGCGUCUGGUAACUGAGCAGUCCGUCUUCUGCCUGCCUGCUACGGCAUUUGAGUACCCAAAUUACUUCCGGAUCGUGGUGACCGUACCAGAGGAGAUGAUGGUGGAGGCGUGUACACGGAUUCGGGAGUUCUGCCAGCGCCACUACAGAACCUGCAGCCAAGACAGCAACGAGCUAGACCAAUAAUGAGAGACACAGCCUGGGAGAGGGGGAGACCAAAGAGUAUGGGCACAGAAUAUGACAAAAGUAAAUGUGAAAAAAAAGAGAACGGGAAGAGGGUGAGAGUAAAAGGAAAGAAAUUAGGGAAGAGAAGGAGAGAGAAGAUGUGUCCAAAUAUCGUGUUGCACUGCGGGAACAAAGGUUUUUGCAAUGUCAUUGGUGGUGGUCCAUCUUUGGUACCCCAACUUAUGAGCAGACCUGAUAUUUAUAUUUUGUAUGGCCAUCUUAUGUCAACCUUACUUUGUCUAACUAUUUGAAUUCUUAAUGUUAUUCUAUAUGUUGGGUUGA